CGAGAUAUUGCCAGUUCCCUCUCACUACGGCAGCUCAAUCACACAAAGGAGAUCUUUCAAUUGGUUUCUUAUCUUAUACCAUUCAACUAUAGCCGCACGAAAAAAAUGUCUCUUUCUCUUCCCCCGGAUCUCAAGGUCCUAUGCCGUAAGUUGACAACCACACCACCGGCUCAACUUCCUCACUCAAUCCCGGCCUUCAUCAACCACGUCCUUCGUUGCAAAGAUGCCUUAUCUGCGCCCCAUGAUCCCAAAGCCUCAUCUGAGGUCUCGAGUUUGGUUCAUAAAUUGAGAACCAUCAUUACGACUUUGCUCAAUGGCAAGAGUGCCAUGGGCCGCUUCACCGGCGCAACUCUCGUCAAGGCUGUUGUUGAUGUUGGUGGCUGGGAGUGUCUUAAGGAGUCUGGCAAUUGGGUUCGAGGGCUUUUGGGAAUGCUUCAGAAGAGCGACCCAUUCCCGGUCAAGGAGAUUGCCAUUGUCACCCUCGUGCGCAUAUACAGUCUUAUCAACAGCUACCAAACUCUCACCAGAGAAAUCGCCACGCCCACGAUCCCGACCUUCUUCAACGCAUGUCUUCAGAUGAUCAAGCUCCCGAACCCAGGUCAGCGCCUCAAGACGCCGCUCGCUGUCGUUGAGACUGUCCUGGACGCCUUCUCCGCCAUGAUUCCCCUGUAUCCGACGACCUGCCGCCCCUUCAACGGCCAGAUCAGGACGGCCAUCAAGCCCUACUUGGCGCCCACCUCUUCCGAUGGAGCCACGAUCCCCCAGUCUCUCCGCCGGGCAAGCAGACAUUUGGCCAUCUCUCUACCGCUCACCACGGCAGGCAAGACGGGACCCAGCGACGAUUGGGUCAAGCUGGUAGACGAGCUGCGCAAGGACUUUCACUUUACCGCUGAUCAGGUCUUCCGCGCCGUGCAGGAAUCAUGGGAAGCCUCGGCGGUGUACACCCGCUCCAAGGUGGACUUUGAUAUCCCGCCGCAAGGUUUGGAGAUGGGGGAUCAGCUCCCCAACUGGACUGGAAUCUCUGCUGGCCGCGACAGACUCGUCGGCUUGCUGCAAUACAUGGCAGACGCCCUCCGCUACUCGACCAAGACCCCCGUCACAAUUCCCAUUGCGGCUCUCAUGGACAUGGUCUCGCGUGUAUCGUUGAUCAGCCGCAACUCCAAGUCACAAGCAUGGGACCAGGCGCUCGAGACACAGCCUGCCGUCGGAAGGGAAGAAAAGGAGGAGCUGUGGGCCGCGAUGCCCGACAUACACGUCGCCGCUCUGGAACUACUCUUGGUCCUGGUGCAAAGGCUAGAGAACAACGCGCUUUCGACCAUCCCAGAGAUACACGACAACAUGAUCCUCGUCUUCCGCUCCGGUAUCGACAUCCCCGCCAUCCGCGCCGCAACGUACAAGCUCCUCAAUGAGACCCUUCCUAUUGCCGGCCCUGGCCUGCAAAAGCUCACCGUCGAGGCCCUCGGCAUCGUCUCCCUCGCCUGCUGUAGAGACAUCCAGCAAGAGUCAGGCCACAUCCAAAAAGUCAAGCCGGCAACCAACAACAAGACCGCAGCCGACACCAAGAAGAACACCAUCGCCGCCAACGCAGAUCUCUUCCUCCCCACGCAAGCCAACACCGCAGACGCGACCACCUCAUCCUCGAAACAGACCCUCAUCGCAAAGGACCACAUCGCCGCCGCCGACGCCCUCCUUGCCAGCCUCUUGUCCCACCUGCCCCAGCAACACCUCAAGCCGGGCCUCCGCGGCCUCCUCGACCAAACCGCCAUCCUGUCGCGCAACAAGGCCGCCAUGCUCGCCAGCGUCCUGAACCCCUACACCAACCAGGGCGGCGCCAUGUUCCCCAGCAUCCUGCCCUACCUCACACAGCAGUACCCCCGCGACCAAGGCGUCGAAAUCCUCCGCUCCAACAUCCGCACCUCCCCCGCGCAACCCCCGGCGGACGCGCUCGAUGGCAUCACCGCCACGCUCGAGGAGCUCGAGGCCGAGGAGGAAGCCAAGGACGCCGACGACGAGGAGAUCCUCGCCGAGAUCCAGGUCGCGGGCGACGCGCAGGACGCAGAGAUGAAGGAUGCCGCCACCACCAACACAGCCAGCACCAUUGUCGUUGCGGGUGACGAGGACGGCGACAUCGUCACGUCCACCAAGACCGAGGUCGUCAAUCCCUUCGCCGUCACCUCGGCGCAGAAGCGCAAGCUCCAAGACGAGGGCGCGGGCGCCCCGAGCCCGCCCAAGAGACAGAGCGUGGAGAGAAAAGAGGUUGAAAAGACGAUGGUGGCUGCUGCGGCGCCGGAACCAGUGGCCGCCAAGCCGGCCGAGGAAGCGGAUGACGACAGCGACGAUGAAAGCGUGCACCUCAACAUGGACCUUGACGAUGAUGAAGAGGAAGAGGAGGAGGAUGACGAGUGAGACUGAGUGAAUGAAUGAGAGAGAAGGCAAG